AUGCCAGCUCAACAAUUCCCUCAAAAUAUGAAGCAGGAGAAGCUUGAAAAAUAUUUUGGGCGAUUCUUGGAGAUGCUCAAGAAACUUUAUGUAAACAUUCCCUUCACAGAGGUACUCGCUCAGAUGCCUACUUAUGCAAAUUUCUUGAAGGAAAUCCUGUCUAGAAAGAGAAAAUUAGAGGAAACAACAACGGUCAAGCUAAAUGCCCACUCCAGUUCCAUAUUGCAAAAUAAAAUUCCCCAAAAGUGUGGGGACCCGGGAAGCUUCACCAUACCAUGCUCGUUAGGGAGUAAAAAUUUUGACAAUGCCCUAUGUGAUUCUGGUGCAUCUAUAAAUCAAAUGCCUCUGUCUGUAUUCAGAAAACUAGAAGAUGAAGAGGAUGAUGAAAUACCCAGUGAUGAGGCGUCCGCCUACUCGUGUUUCAAGCUAGAUGUUGUUGGAGAAUUGGCUAAAAAUUACAAGUUUGACAAGUUUGUAGGGGAUACUCUAGAGAGGUGUAUUACUCAGUCUAGCACAGUGGAAGAUGAAGAUCCUGAAAUAAAUAAAGAGGCUGAAGCUCUUGAAACUGAGGAUCAAGUGGUUGAUGAGGAGAAACUAAAAAAGGAGGCUUCUAAGCCUGAUGUGGAAUUGAAACUGGUGGAGCUGCUGAAAAAGCACAAGAAGGCCAUUGGCUGGAGUAUAGCUGAUAUUCAAGGAAUCAGUCCAGCCAUUUGCAUGCACAAAAUUCUGUUUGAAGAAAAUAACAAUCCAGUGUGGAUUAGUCCAGUGCAAGUUGUACCUAAGAAGGGGGAUAUAACAGUGGUAAAAAAUGAAGACAAUGAAUUGAUCCCCACAAGAACAGUCACUGGAUGGAGAAUGUGCAUUGAUUAUAGAAGGUUGAAUGAUGCAACAAGGAAGGACCACUUCCUACUCCCCUUUAUUGAUCAAAUGCUCAAGAAAGUGGAUGGACAAGGAUGCUACUGCUUCUUGGAUGGGUACUCAGGCUACAAUCAGAUACCCAUUGACCUAGAAGAUAUUGAGAAGACCACAUUCACUUGCCCGUCAUGUAUUUUUGCUUAUAGGAGGAUGCCGUUUUGGUUGUGUAAUGUACUUUCCACUUUUCAGAGAGGGAAUUGUCUUAGGCCACAAGUGAAUGCACAUAGAAUUGAAGUUGAUAUAGCUAAGGUUGAUGUAAUUGCUAGGCUCCCUCUACCGACUUCUAUGAAGAGCAUAAGGAGUUUCCUGGGAUAUGCUGGGUUCUAUAGGAGGUUUAUCAAAAACGUUUCCAGCAUUGCCAAACCGUUGACUGCAUUGCUUGUGAAAUAUGUCAAGUUUGUUUUCAAUGUGGAGUGUUUAAGAGCAUUUGAAUUGAUAAAGGAAAGGCUUAUAAGUUCUCCUAUUAUGGUGACAUCUGAUUAG